UCUUUAUUGAUUUAUGUUAUGAAUGCUUGAUGGUGAUAUCCUUAUUCAAUUUCUAAUAAGUACCACACACGCACACACACACACACACCCGCCUUCCCGGUGCGCUCACAAGGCCGGAGAAGCAGGAGCCUGUGUAUAGCUUGCUGUAUAUUUCCGUGUAGCAGCAAUACGACCAACCCGAGAGCAAUAUUUCCUUUUCUUCCACUUGUCUUUGUGGUGUAAUUUGUCACCAUAAAAGUGACGGAGGGGAAUCGCGGCUCUUGGAGCGCUGCCUUACUCGUCUAAAAAAAAACCCUACUUUCUGCAAAAGCCAUCUGCUUGUGGAGCUACUACGGGCUACUGCGAAAGGGUUCUACUUUUUUUUAUUUUAUGAACAUUUUAAGGUUUUUCUUUUUGCCUUCCCGCGUUGCUUUUUGGUCUUAUUACGCAAGCCCCCUUUUUAACCUUCUCCCCGGGGCAAAAUGGGGGAGAGGAAAAAAAAAAGGACUAAAUCAGCGUUUUAGCACAGAACAAAGAAGUAAAUAAUUAUACAAAGUGGCAGCAGUUGCUUUGUGAAAGAAAAUAGCGAAGUUUGCUAAAAAAAAAAAAAAAAAAAAAAGCCUAAUGUGUGAAUUUUUUCACCCACUCAAGACUCCCACGCCGUCCGUGCGUGCGUGCGCUCUCUACCUUCUCCACUCGUGUCUCAGAAACGUUUCUGUCCCACGGCCUGAAACCAAGCAGAGAGGCUUUAGCUGCUGGCCGUGUUUACAGCUGAGAGGGGAGUCAUAAAUCUAAUUCUAUCAAGUCUUUCACUCCGGCUGCAAACAUUACCAUGCAGAGGGAUUCCCCCAGCUCCCUUCUUCUCCUCUCUGCUCCACGCUGCGCGUCCUCCCGCUUUGGCCUUUUUGGUGAUGAAACCUCUGCCCAUUUUUCAUCCCCACUGCUCACUGCUGCUGUGGGCUUUUUUUCUCUCUCUCUCUCUCUUCUUUAAUAUUUAGCAGCUUUGAUCAGAAUGUACACAAUACGUCAGCUGUCCUUUAUAGGAAGAUGAUUCAUUGUGAAAACGAAAACGAGCCGUGCCUCCUUGCGCUAAAACAGCGAAUCCUGCGCAAAAAAAAUAUAUAAAAGCCAGGUUAAUGAUUAAGCUGCCUGUAGAAGCUCUUUAUCUCCCAUGGAAAUGGAAAUGCUGCUCUCUCUCUUUCUCUCUCUCCUUGUGUGUGUGUCUCAUUAUUCCUUUGUUGGUCCAAAAAAAAAAAAAAAAAAAAAAAAUCUCCUUGGGUUCAUAACUCCUCUCUAGGACGCGGGGUAGAUUAUAAGAAAAGGACCUAAAACACCUUUUGGGACGGUGCAUUCGUAACGAGGCAUUAUUAACGUUAUUAUUUUCUAGACGGACUACCUCAUUUGGGUGGGGGGGGGGAGGAGGAGGAGAGGCAACUACUUGAUUUGGACUGGCUUUCCAAGGCGCUCGCUUCAUUUGCAUAAUUUUUCUUGUCUACGGUGACGCUCUGGUUCGGGGCAGUUCACUGGUGUCUGCAUAGUAACUGCUGAAGGAUCUCAUAGUCAAGCAUAGCCUUGGCUGACGUUAAUAUUGCCAUGAAGCCCUGUCCAUUACCCUGCGAGCAUGGGAGCAGAUAACUCUUCUUAUCGCGCUGACCCGACCGCUCGCGUCUGCUUUCGCAAUCUCGGAGAGUAAGGAGAGGGAAAAAAAAGGGGGAAAAGGGGGUCUUCUCUUGGCUCUUCCCUUUUUUUUUUUUUUUUUUUUUUUCUCCUGCGUGGUGCGCCUGCUAAUGCCUGCUUGCAUGGCAGGGCGCAGUCUGCCGCUGCUCCUUCAACCCAGUCAGCCCCGCUGCCUUUAAAACUUUUUUUUUUUUCCUUCCCCCCCUUCUCUCUUCCUCUGGAUUACUGCCUUUGAUCGAUUUCGCCGCUGAAUGAGAAAAUAUUGCCCGGCGCUCUGCAUUCAUCGUGAGAGGAUAAGGUUCACCCGAGGAGGCCAUUGGCGGAGAGGCGUCACGUGACCACGGGGUGCCAAUGUUAUUCUACGAGGGUGUCAAGACCCUGUCAGUUUCUGAAAUAAAUAUUGGGAAACGGCGAGAUGCAAAAGGCGACCUACUACGACAGCUCCGCAAUUUACAGUGGCUACCCGUAUCAAAGCGCAAAUGGCUUCGGUUAUGAUGCCAAUCAGGUCCAAUAUCCCAGGGCCUCUCAUGUGGAAAGCGAGUACCAUCGACCCGCCUGCUCCCUGCAGUCUCCCGGCGGCGGCGGCGGCGGCUCCGUGGCUCUGCAGAAGCCGGGGGAGAUGGUGGCGGAGGGCUGCGACAGGGCCAUUCAGGCGGCGCAGGCCAAGGUUCUCCCCGAAAGCAAUCACCAAGCGCCGGUGCCGGUGUCGGGCCCGCGGCCUCCCCCGUCGCAGUCCCCCGGGGGAGUCGGCCAGGACGCCAGCAACGGGUCCAGCCAGCCCGGUGCGGCCAAGAGCGGCUCCCCGACCUCCGGUACCCGCAACAAGCAGAUCUUCCCCUGGAUGAAGGAGUCCCGUCAGAACACCAAGCAGAAACCCGCCAGUAGCUCCAGCUCAGUGGAGAGUUGCCCCGGAGACAAGAGUCCUCCGGGGUCAGCAGCAUCAAAGAGGGCCCGGACGGCUUACACCAGCGCGCAGCUCGUGGAGCUGGAGAAGGAGUUCCACUUCAACCGGUACCUGUGCAGGCCCAGGAGGGUGGAGAUGGCCAACCUGCUCAACCUCACGGAGCGACAGAUCAAAAUCUGGUUCCAGAACCGACGGAUGAAGUACAAAAAGGAUCAGAAGGGUGUCGGGAUGAUGCCGUCUCCCGGCGGACAGUCUCCUCGGAGUCCAGUGGGCCCGCCAUCGGGCGGGGGCGGCGGUGGGGCGAGCGGAUACCUCAACUCUAUGCAUUCUCUUGUUAACAGUGUACAAUACGAGUCCCAGUCUCCGACCUCGUACAAUAAAACUCAUCAAAACGCGUACGGCAUGGCUACGUCAUACCCCCCACCUUUGAGCAACUCCCUCAACAGCUGCCCGCCCCCCCAGAAGAGGUACCCUGGGACGGACUCGGCCACGCCCGAGUAUGACGCGCACCACCCGCUGCACGGCAACGGCAACUACGGCACGCACAUGCAGGGCAGCCCCGUCUACGUCGGCGGAGGCUACAUCGACUCCGUACCCAGCUCCGGGGCCUCGGUUUUUGGCCUCACCCACCUCCCUCACCCGCCGCCCCCGUCCGCGAACAUGGAGUACAAUGGGGCGAUCACAAUGGGCAACAGCGGCGGUCAGCAUCACGGAGUGUGUGACCCGACGCCGACGUACACGGACUUAACGCCGCACUACUCUCAGGGAAGAAUCCAGGAAGCGCCCAAACUGACGCAUCUGUAGCAUGCGGCGCAAAGGCUGGAUCACUCCGCCCCAUUGUCUCAUCCACCUCCAGACAUACUCCCCCCCAACCCCCUGCUUUGUUUCCGCGCCUCCUCACGGCUCCCACCUUCUCCUUCUGCCCUUUUCUUUUUUUUUUUUGUUUGUUUGUGUUCUCUAUAGUUUGAUGUGUGAAGUAGCGUAGGAUAAAUAAUCACGACUUGCUUGAAUUUUCCUCUAUUUGCUUGUGUCAUUGUCUCACUUAGACCUUUAUGUACUGCGAUAAAGAGUCUAUAGCGCCGGACGGAGGGAGGAUAGAAGGGCCACAGCAUAGCAUACGCAUAGGCUUAUUUAAUCUUUUUCCUUUUUGAACCGACUUUAAAAAAAAAAAAAUCUCAAAACAGGGUAUUAUGAACACAUGUUAUUCAUUUUCAAUGUGAAGCCGUCCGUCCUUAUUUAUCCGCAAUUGAAGAAUUAUAGUUAGGUUGUUUUUUUUUGUUUUUUUUUGCAUUCUGUUGCACUUGUGUACAAAAAGAACCUUAAGAGCCAGGAGCUGGGAAUGUGAGGAGAUUGCAUUUUUAAAAAAAAAAAGGAAAGAAAAGGGUCAUGAGCUUGCACAGCCUCCCCUUUUUUGCAUUGGUUUUGUUCCAUUGGUCUUUUUAAAUGUUAUUUAUUUAGACUCCAGUAGUAUUAUUUGACACCCCCCUCCAUCUUUGUUUGCAUGGGGAGAAGGCUGGUGGAGAAUCAGCGCCAUGUUCGGCCCAUUCAUGCAGCCAUGUCACUAGAUUGCAAGCUAAUUGUUUCCAAUUUGUUUCUUUCUUAGUAUUAUUAUUAUUAUUGUUAUUAUUAUUCGAGGAGGUAUUAUUUUUGUCAGCGAAUGAGAAAGAAAUCAAUCAGUCAUGCAAAAAAAAAAGGGUGGAAAGGACACACGUUUGCAGUUUCUUUAUUGAAUAAAAGACAAAACACAUCAUCAUUUUUUUUUCUUCCUCUCGAUGUCAAACAUUCCAUGCUGCUCCAGUUCGAAGAAAUGAAUAAAAGAAUUGAAGUGAAAA